CAAAACGCAAUUGAGUUGACUGUGACGGAGAGCGACGUCAAUAUUAAGGGUCACGACCCCGAAGAUUACAAUAAUAAGCGAUUAUUAUUAAGCGGCGGCGUAAACGCGACAGCAGAUCAACUGGCUUGGCAGUCGGCAACAAGAUGCCACAGUGGCUGGUCAUUGGCAUCUCGGGUGUCACCUGCGGCGGCAAGACAACGUUGGCCCAUAAACUGCGCGAUUACUUCAAGGGAUUGCGCAAUGCGCCGCUGUGGAACACACCCUACACCAUUGGCGAUGUGCAGCUCGUCUCGCAGGACGAUUACUUUCUGCCCGAGGACGAUAGGCGGCACAAGCGCGUGGACAAGCUGAAUGCCAUCAACUAUGAGCUGCUCACAUCGCUGGACAUGAAACAAAUGCUGGCGGACAUUGCCCAGAUUAUCAAUGGACCCGUCGAACACACAGCCAGCUAUGCCAACUUUGAGCACUAUGCGUUACAGUAUCAACAACAGCAACAACAACAGCAGCAGCAGCAACAACAACAACAGCAAUACAAUUCUGGCUAUUAUCAAUUGCACAGCAAUGGCAAGCAUAUUCCACCCGGAGCAGCGGCAGCCUAUCAGUAUCAACCACAGCAACGCCAUCAUCCACAUUCGCAUCAUCAUCACCAUCAUCAGCAGCAGCAGUUCCAGCUGUCAGGCAGGCAACCUCAUCAUCCCCAGCAACAACAACAACAGCAGCAGCAGCAACAGCAUGCCGAUCACCUGAUGCGUCUCAAUAUCAAUGCACAGAUUGCGGCUCAGUUGCGCGACAAGAAGAUCAAUGUGCUCUUUAUUGAGGGCUUUAUGAUCUUUAAUCAGCCCGAGCUGCUGGCAUUAUGCAAUAUCAAGUAUCACGUCCAUUUGCCGUAUGAAAAGUGUUUUGAACGUCGCUCGAAGCGCACCUACGAUCCACCCGAUGUCACCGGCUAUUUUGAGCUCUGCGUUUGGCCGUAUUACGAGCAGAACUUUGCCGAGUAUCGCGAUUGCAAGGACAUCACAUUCCUGAAUGGCGAGAUCAGCAAGGAGAAGAUCUUCAAGUUUGUGCUCCAACGCAUUGUCCACUAUUUCGAGGAGCGUUGCGAUGUGCCCACCGCCGCCUCCCCGGUUGCUUGUCCGCCUCAACAGAAACGAUUCGGCAUGCUCUAUAACAUGGCAAGUGCGGGAGUCGCCAGCAAUAAUAAUCAUUUGGCCACAGCUUGCCCCAUGGAGCAGUAGUUAUUGCCUAUAUGUAAAGAUGGCAUAUAUUAGUUAGUUUUUAUUGCUAGUUAAGCUAGUCUUACGACACAUUCUCUCUAACAAAAAUGAAAAAAUCACUACUUCAGGUAAUCUUUUUAGCUGUGCUAAAAGCAAAAGAAACGAAGACAACACUUGGAAAUCACAUGAAUGGAAUUCAAUAUUAACAUAAAUUAAUAGCAACUUCUGGUAAUGGAGGUGUGGACUUGUAAAUAUUGUAUGUACUAACUAUAUUUACUGUUUUAAAUUAUCACUAAGACUAUGGACUACUUUUUUUUCUCACAUUCACACACAACAGAGGAAUAAAACACAAUCUAUUUACCCCAUGAAACGGAAAAGACAAUUACAUUUCAAUAU